AUGAACCGUUUGCAGGCAAACGGUUUAAGAAUAGGCAGUCGUGAGUACUGGGUAAAGCUUCGGGCAAUCAUCGCCGAUGCACCUGCGCGCGCAUACAUCAAAGGUGUUAAGGCGUUCAACGCGAUCGAGGGUUGCCAGAAGUGCACCAUACAAACGGAGUAUGACGCCAGAACGCGUCGGCGUUUCUUCCGUUACCGUGCAAUCGCCCGGCCAAGGACGGACAAAGAGUUUUGGGAAGACAAAUACCGGGAGCAUUGCACAAAAACUACGCCACUCUUGAAUCUAAACAAAUGCGACAUGAUUCAGAGCUUUCCGGGUUCCGAGGCGCGGAUAAAGGCGUUUUUGGCAAGCUAA